ACACCAUUUUGGAUCUCGGGGCUACAGUAGCUAGCUGUUAGCUUUCUCAACGCAUCGUUACUCUGAUCGGGUUCGUUUUUCCCCGCUUCGGUGUUAAAGUUGAGUAAACAGAAAGCGUGUUAGGAUCCGAAGCUUUCUUCGUCUCGGGAGAUGGACGGAGAAGAGGACGACUUCAUGUCCGGGAACCACUCCGAUGACGGAGGCGGCACUCCAGUUCAGGACGAACACCAGGCGUCCGACGGCGAGGAGGCGAGGAGCGACAGGCACCAAUCUGAGGACGACGGCAGCAACGAUGAAGACGCCCCCCGCGCCGCGGAGACUGGCGGGGCAGCCAGCGGCUCCGACAACGAGGAUCGCCGAGGGAGCGACAGCGACUCGGAGGGCGAGGCCCCCGGGGGCCCCCAGCGACACAAAAGUGACUCGGAGACGGAGGCUCCUCGGCCCGCCGACAGCGACGACGACUCUCCGGUCAAACGCAGGAUGAGCGGCUCAGACGAGGAGGAGGAGUCGCCCGUCAAACGCGGAGCUUCGGAUAACGAGGAGGGCGGAGGAUCGUCUCCCGCCAAACGCAGCGGGAGCAGCUCGGACAUGGAAGAGGGCGAGGAGGGGCCCAAAGCGGCCGCAGACAGCGACUCGGAGAAAGAGGACGCCAAACCUGCGGCGUCCCCCGACCGCCGGUCCAACGCAGACAGUGACUCUGACGCAGAGACGCCUGCCAGACGCAAGGCGGCACAGAUAGACUCUGAGGAGGAGGAGGAGGCGAAACAGCAGGAGGAGGCGAAGGGAGAGGAAGGAGGAGGAGGAGGAGGAGGAGGAGGAGGAGGAGGGGGGAAGUGGAAGGCUGUGAUGCAGUCUGACAGUGAGGAGGAGGAGGAGGGAGGACAGAGGAGGAAGGCUGCAGCAGGAAGUGACGGAGAGCAGCAGCAGGAGAAGGAGCAGAGAGACGACAGUGAGGACGAGAAGCCAGUGAAGAGGAAGAAGGCCGUCCUGUCGGACAGCGAGGACGAGGAGACGGCAGACAAACCAGCGGCGAAGAGGAGCCGGGCGGUGUCGGACGACGAGAACUCGGACAGCGACGGCGGGUUGGGCGGGCCCGACAAGAGCAUGGCGGCCAAACUGAGGGAGCUGGGCUCGGACAGCGGGAGCGAGGAGGACGAGAGGUCGAAGGCGGCGGCGGGGAAGAAGGACGAGAAGGAGCUGUUCGGCAGCGACAGCGACUCCGGAGACGGCGAGGAGGAGGAGAAAAUGAUCGCGGACAUCUUCGGAGAGUCUGGCGACGAAGAGGAGGAGGAGUUCACGGGUUUCAACCAGGAGGACCUGGACGGGGCCCGGAAGGAGUCGAAGGAGAGGCAGCAGCAGGUGGAGGAGGAGUCCGACUCCGAUGACGGCGUCGACCGCAGCGGCCAAGACACCAGCUUCAUGUCUGACUUUGACAUCAUGCUCGCUCGGAGGAAAGCCAUGAACAGCAAGAAGAGGCGGCACCGCGACGGCGGGACGUUCAUCAGCGACGCCGACGACGUGGUCAGCGCCAUGAUCACCAAGAUGAACGAGGCCGCAGAGGAGGACCGGACGCUGAACAGCCAGAAGAAACCGGCGCUGAAAAAACUCACUCUGCUGCCGCAGGUCGUCAUGCACCUGAAGAAGCAGGACUUGAAGGAGACGUUCAUCGACAGCGGCGUGAUGUCGGCCAUUAAAGAGUGGAUCAGUCCUCUUCCAGACAAAUCGCUGCCCGCUCUCCGAAUCAGAGAGGAGCUGCUCAGGAUCCUACAGGAACUGCCCAGCGUGAGCCAGGAGACUCUGAAGCACAGCGGGAUCGGACGCGCCGUCAUGUUUCUGUACAAACAUCCCAAAGAGUCUCGAUCCAACAAAGACCUCGCCCUCAAGCUCAUCAAUGAGUGGUCGCGGCCGAUCUUCGGCCUCACGUCCAACUAUAAGGGGAUGACGAGAGAGGAGCGUCAGCAGAGAGAUCUGGACCAGCAGAUGCCUCAGAGACGCCGACUCAGUCAGCCUCAGAAGGUGGAGAGGGCGGAGGAACCCGACGUCUUCUCUCCACCCAUCAGCUCGGGGGGCCAGACGCCUCGGAGAGACCUGGAGAAACAGCUGACCGGGGAGGAGAAAGCUCUGCGGCCCGGGGACCCCGGCUUCUGCGCCAGGGCUCGGGUGCCGAUGCCCUCCAACAAAGACUACGUCGUGCGACCCAAAUGGAACGUGGAGAUGGAGUCCAGCAGGGGUCCGAUGAAGAAGGGAAUGUCCCGCGUUGAUAAACAGAUGCGUAGAUUUGCGGACAUCCGCCGCCUGACGAAGCCAGGUCACGCUGUUAAAAUCAGCGUGGAAGGCAACCGGAUGCCGCUCUGAUAUUAACCUCCGUAGGAUUUAUUCACUUUUUGCUUUUUAAUGUGUUGUGCCCGAACAACCCCCCCUCCCUCCUCCUCCUCCGGUCAGAACGAGAAUAUCUGCUGUAAACUGUCUGAAAUCACAGGAACUCAUCUGGUCUUUGGGCAAAAAAUACAACAUCUUGUUAACGUUAGCUCCUAACCAACUGGAUCCAUAAUGUUGACUAAUGUUAGCAUUACGAUAGCCAGUCCAUAAUACUAGCUAAUGUCAGGUGACCUGGAGGUAAAACUAAUGUAACUAAGGCCGUAAAAUUAGCUAAUGUUAGCUUUACGUCCAAGCCAACUAAGAUGAUUAACAUUCGUAGUCGGCUACUUUAGAUUCAGCUCCAAACCAGCUGUUGAAAAACGUUAGCACAACACCUCGAAGUUAGCAAACAUAGCUAAUGUUAGCAGCAGCUAGUGUCACUUUACUUGGAGGUAAUGCUAAUGUUAAAUGUCCAUAUUGUUAGCUAACAUAGCAAUCAGCUACAUUUGUUUUGUCUCUUAACCUAAAAGGUCUUCUUUCAUAUCUUAACGAUCAGAAUUAUCUCAAAACUGACAGCUUUAAUGUGAGCUAACGUUAGCUAUCAGCGUCAUUAGCUUUACAUUAGCUUUGUAUCUUAACCAUCUACAUCUAUAUUCUUAUCUAAUCCCAUCAGCUGCGUCACCUUUCGUCUCAAAACAAGUCAAGUUUUCAGAAGUGUCGGUGUUUCUUGGAUUUACUUGAAACGCGCUGAACAGAAAUCUCUCUGGCAGCUGCUUUCACUUGUUUUAAGAGAAUAAAACUCAAUUUCAGACGAGAAUAUUUUUGCAGCGCAGCUGGUUUAAACAGCGGCGGUUUUAAAGUGAUCAAACACGUGUCGCCGCGGGAGCGUUCGAAGCCGACAGCUUCUCCGUCAGUCUGCAGGGGGCCGAUGCUUUCUUAAGACACAUUUUUACACUUUCACACUGCCAUUAUCAGGUAAAAGUGCCACUGUGGAGAUGAAUUGUACUGCUGACACUGAAUUGCUCGUGUUUUGAUCCUGUUGGUUCAGAGAGAAAUGUUGACGCAGCUGAUCGGAUUGUUUUUUGUUUUUUUGUCCAAAGUACUUCGAUGCGCCCUUGUGGUUUUUCCAAACUUUCUAAAGUUGCAUUUGAGAACAAAAUCUUCCCUCGUUGUUUCUGGAUGUGAAGGUGUUUUGCUAAUAGGCAGGCCAGACCUCCUCCCCAGUCCAGUUUGUCCCCUCUCUGCUCCCGUAGCGGCUGUACAGAAGUAUGUAAACUGUCUGCAGGACUGAGUUCACACAGGUAACGGUGACUGAAUCAGCCCGUCCGUCUGCACUGUUCUGGAUCAGGUGAUACUUUUCUUAAUAAAGACUCAACAGAAACUC